AUUGAAGUUUAGAAAUAAAACAAGUUUUUUUUCUCCUUUUUGGGGCAUUCACAUGCACUUUAACGUUUUCAUAACUCAACGGAGUUUAUCUUUAAAUUCGGCAUACCUUACACACACAAACGAUUAUGCGUUAUAAUAUAUUAAACUUUAUUUUCUCUUUCACUCAUGUAUACCAUGUUUCUGCAUCACGAUGAGCCACUGAUGGCGGUAGUUAAACAUAUUAAUCUGUCUGUAACAGACGCCGAAACGUUCUUAAGAUCAUAACACACCUUAACUGUGUAAACCGUACUUAUAUAUGAAGCAUGCGUGUACCGAUACUAUGAUUAUUAUUAAUGACCAGAUUCUUUUAACGGAGUUUGGUGACAGCGUCUGCCGGAAGUGGAUACGGCUAACUGUGAGCUAGCUUUACCCGGGAGCCUUUGAAUUUGCAAGCGUCAGUGUACGCAAAAGGGUUGGGCACGGAGUACAGUGAAACGGAGGCAUUUCGGAGUAUGAGUAUGAGUGUUUUAUAUUUUUUUAUUUUAUAAAGAUUCAGGAAGUUUGAGGAAGUGCCUGGUUCAGAUUUCCGUUUACACCCUAGCAGCGCUGCUAAGCUGAACUUUAACAUCAGUGAGAAAACUUUUGCGAUAUUUCAUGGAGUACAGCGGUCCGUUGGGUCACUCUCUGUCACCAGAGUCCACGGUGACCUCCCUACUGUCCAGUUCAGGUUACCUGAGGAGCAGCCUGCUGCCUCCUCAACACGACACCAGCUUCAGAUACAAAGACAGGGAGUAUGACUCUGCUUCGGCGGCUCUGGAUGCUUACAUCAAAGAUUUUGAGAGGAGUCGUCAGAACCGCGACUCGUCGUUGACUGGAAAGCUGGUUCUGCCGCAGAGCCUACCCUCCACUCCGUGCAGGCACAGAGUGGGCACGCUCAGAAACAAAGAUGUUCUUAGGGAGCGUUUGACCGAGAAAGAGCUGGACUUCCUGAACCUCCCCAUGAGCCCCCUCCAUCACCGCGUUAACUGGGACAGACACUCCAUGACAACAGAUGAACUGCUGUCAGUCCCUUUCGACGGCUCGAUGCCCGUCACCCACACCACAGCCUUCAUCCAAGACUUCCUGUCCCGGCCUGCAGCCUCCCAGCCCUGCCCCUCAUCUACCUGUAGACUCCUCCACCAUCACUCUCUUCCACCCACGACAUCCAGGAGCACCAGGUGCAGAGACAGACCGAGGGCCGCCACGUUUAAACCAGGCGCUCACAUCAGCAGUUUUAAGAGAUCAGAGCAGGCCCUGGCGUCCUCGUCGCUCUACCUCCCUCACUGGUUCACCAGUAACAAGGCUGAUUUGGACUGUUCGGGAAUCACCAGUGUGCCCGACCUGAAGUACCCAGCCUGGCUCCAGGGGUGUGACCUCAGCGAGCCGCCUGCACAGUCAGAGCUGUGGGACGACCACGACGUUCUUCCACCUGGAGCUCCCAGAACCAGAGCUCCAUCCUGGGUAGCAGACCUGGAGAAAGAUGAAGAUCCUGACCAGACACCUGCAGAGGUUGGCAGCCAGCAGGCGCUCAGAGACCUGAGGCUUCAGUUUGCUGAACAGAUUUCUUUGCUCACUACAGAGAGGAAGAGCUCAGACGUUGUGAUGAACAUGUACCAAGACAACAGGAUCGAGUCUCUGAUCCAGAAGGCGGACCAGGUGUUAAACUCUCUGUCUCAGAGUUCUGGACAAGCAGAGAGUCCUGCAGAUUCAGUGAGUCCUGUGAAAACUGAGGAGCUGCUGCACCAUUCGCCCUCACACUGUCCUCUUGACUCAGCAGCAGGAGGCUGCACAGAGGAGCUGACUGACAGGGGAGCAGAGGAUUUGAGUCAUGAAAACAGCAUCUGGAAGCAGCCUGGUCCGGUGGAGGCUCUGAAACAGAUGCUGUUCAGACUGCAGGCUGUGGAGGCAGAGCUUCAGCGACAACAACAGGCACCAGCAGCUCCGACUCUCUCAGAGUGGCUGCUGACAUCAGCAACACAGUGGUCUGUUGGUAAUGCAGAGCUGCAGGAGCUGCAAGAGCUUCAGAGUUUUCCUGGUAGACCAUCACUAGAGAGAGCUCUGCAUCACCUGAACUGCCUGAAGAUGCUGGUGGAAGAACCCAGACAGAAACACAGAGCGACAGAGGAAGAGAAGGACGACGACGAGGGGCGCUACUCGUCCUCGUCUGUCGACAGACUGGUCUAUUCUCAGCAGGAACCCUCCGGAAACUGAACGUUCAAAGGAAGCUCGCUGUGCCAAAAGCUUCAAUAGCAUCUGCUCUGUGUUUAUGUAUAUUAUAUAAGAAAGUGCAAUUUUUUUUAAACACUAAUACAACCCAGUUUAAACUAUGCCCUGAACCUUUAGAGUCAGGAAGUUGCCUGGACUGUUCUCUUUCUCAGACUCUGAGGAAGAGUCAGAACACAGCGAUAAUUUAAAAGAAGAGAAGAAAACAUGAAGGACAGACUCCGAGAUGAGAAAAACAUGCCACAUAUUUUAUAUUCUGAAUGUGUCUCAGUGGUUUGUGAAUGCGACAGUAUGGAUGGAUGGGCUUGGUGCUUGUUGGUGCACAGACCGUUUUGUAUUGAUGGGUUUCAUUCUGUUUGUAGACAGACUGUUGGUGCCAUAAAGAUUUACACACACUCAUUCCUGUUGGAAUGGAAGAGGUUACCGGGCAGUGUUCAACCAGAGGGAAGAAACAUCAUCAGUGCUGUUGUCAGUGAUAGCUAACAGCAGCAGAUUCUUUUCAGUUCCUUGCAGGUAAAACUACAAUAAAUUGCCUUCGCUGUAGAAAAGAUGUACAUGUGGAAGCACAACAUGUACUACUGUGACAAUUCAGUCCGAUUUUCUGAAUUUCUGAAGACUCAGGACUCGCGGUUUGAAAAUUGAAGUAUUGAGCCAUGGGUUGGGGGAACCAGGGUGUUCAGAUGUCUGUCUUGAUCUGGGACUGCACAGCAUUUUUUAUCAGGGAACGUUAAAAGUCACCAAAAUUAACAGCCUUUGCUGAUUUUGUCGAAUAUGAUAGAAACUAAUAAAAAAAGAAGCAGAAAGAUUUGAAGAAAUAGUUUUUGUCUCUUUUGCAGAGGGGGGAAAAAGAUUGUGACACGGUAAGUGUGUGUUGUAACCGAAUAAAAAUUACAAUUGUCAGAUAUGGCAAAAAAAAAAAAAAGGAUGCUAAUUUGUAGAUCCAUCCAAAUGGAAACCCAGAAACUUUUACCAGACAGAAGAAGAGCUGGGAAAAAAAGCAUGAAUGAAGACUGUCACAUGAGACCAUAAGACUUAAGUUACUCUUUCUCUGUAUAUACAUGCUAAAUCAUACUCUGAUAACAUUCAAGUGAUUGUAUUUGUAAGUCAGAUAAAGACCAUUUCACUCAGUGUUGUUCUUCAUACAUCUUCAGGUUCAGGUUACCAUAAGUAGAUUUGUUCUGCAGCUGUGAGUCAUCCGCCCUCACAUGCACACUCAAUACAGCCAUAACAGACAAAAAUUGUACAUAAUACAAAAAAAAAAUCUGGUCAGCGCAUUUGAAUCUGACAGUAAAACUAGGGGAUGAUCAUUUAGAAAAUUGUCAUAUAAAAAAAUGACACUUUUCUCAACUGAAGGAUGAAACCAUCAGGAAAGAUGUCAAAGGUCAGAGCAGGAAUAAGGCAAUUUCCCCAUGGACUAAUAAUCAGACUUUAUUUGUUGAUCAGAGGAGAUGCCCCCUGCUGGAUCAUUAGAAAGAAUGCAGGUUCAUAGUACUUCUGCAUCAGUUUCACUUUUCAAACAUCAAAGACAUGAAACCAGAUGGUGUUUCCUCCACCUCCAUCCUCAGGAUGACAGGACUCAUACUGGCACAGAGGAACUUGAACCCUCUGAUGCAGGAAGUAUUUUUAUUCACCUCCGGGUGAAGAAGACACCUGAUGUUAAAUGUUUAAUGUGUGCUUCUGGCUGCUCGGCUUGGUUUUGCACAGUUCUCAUUAAAACAUGUUUUGGAUUACGA